AUGAAACUGCAGAAUCUCUCAUCAUUGCUAUCAACACCAAUAUUCUUUGGAAUACCAUUAUGGGUUUUGCUUGUAUCUUCCAUUGCAGCAUUCAUUCUUACAGUAUGUAUAAUCAUAUGCAUCUGCUGCAUACACUAUCAUCCUCGUCGAGAGGAAUCCUACAAAGCACGUUUCUCUUUAUCCAAAUCAGAUGUCUGCAGGCGCCUCAGUAGUGUUCUUCAUAGAUCUUCAUCCCUUGACAAAUAUAGAUCAUUGUUGCUUUCAUCAGCAUCAUGCAACUUUUCAGAACUUGAGAAGAACUCUGAGUAUUUAUCAAGUGAAGAUGAUCUUGAUGAUCAUGAUGGUGCUGAGUUACUCCAAUCUGACUCACCAGAGUUCAAAGGAGUUAUGUGUCAGCACUUUCAGGUAGAGGAGUUAGAGGAUGCUACAAAUGGAUUUGCUGAAAGAAAUGUGAUUGAAAGUGGGGACAAUGGAACAGUUUAUAGAGGUCUGUUAGCUAAUAAUAUGAAGGUGGUUGUGAAGAAGCUACCUUGUCACAGUUGCCAACCUGAGGAGUCUUUUGCUUCACAAGUGGAGUUAACUGCAAGUGCCAAGCACAAGAGACUUGUGAAAUUGAUAGGAUACUCUACUAAUAGAACUUGCAGGCUGUUAGUAUCUGAAUAUAUAGAUAAUGGAAAUCUGCAUAAAUGGCUUCAUGAAUUUCAAGGAUCACUGAGCCCUCUAACAUGGCCUAUCAGAUUGCACAUUCUACAAGCUGUUGCACAUGGAAUUGCAUACCUUCAUGAGGAAGUUGAACCAAAGAUUAUCCAUGGCAGCAUAAAAUCUAGGAAUAUAUUACUUGACCAACAAUGGAAUCCUAAGAUCUCUGAUUUUGGCCUUUUUAAGCUUCAAAGUUCUAACUCUAGUCACUCUAUGAGUAACUUCACUGAGAGUAAUGACAUUUAUGAUUUCGGAAUACUUAUAAUGGAGACUAUAUCAGGAAGGAUUCCAUUUCCAUCACAUCACAGUCAACCACAGGUAAACAAUAUUGGAUUCAUGAGCGAUUGGUUUUGA